AUGGACGCCAGACCCGACUCCAUCGACGACACAAAUGUGAGAAACCGCGACGCCGAUCCCGACUCCAUCGACGACGCAAACAUCCGAAAUCUCCACGCCAACCCCGACCCCAUGGAUGAUGCACCCCCGGGCGAACAACAUGGUGAAGGCACCGGAACGGAAUGCAACCUGGGCGUAUUACCCGAUGGAACAAAACAAUGGCUACCUAACUGCAAGAGUGAAAGCACACCGUAUGUAGGGCAAGAAUUUGCAACACUGGACGACGGAAUAGACUUCUACCAAGCAUACGCAUCCAUUGCUGGAUUCGAUAUCAGGAACGGCACAAAGAGGCAGCUGGAUAUUGGACACAAAAUUUUCGUAGCAAACUGCGCAAGAGCAAACAUUGGUUCAACAAAAUCAUGGAGACUAUACAAAGAAAUGGUUGGCAGUUUUACGGACAUAGGAGCAACAUCCACCGAUUUCUGCAAUUUUAGGAGGGACUUGUUGGCUUAUAUAGCUGGAGCAGAUGCACAAAUGGUGGUAGAAGACAUGUACAAAAACAAAGAGAUGGAACCAGACUUCUACUUUGAUUUUGAUCUCAACGAAGACAGGGAACUAUGCAGGCUGUUUUGGGCAGACACGAUAUCCCGGAAGAAUUUUGCCUGUUUUGGAGAUGUGAUGUCAUUCGACGCAACGUACAGCACAAACAGGUACAAACUCGUGUUCGUACCGUUUACAGGCGUCGACAACCAUAAACGAAGCAUUACAUUUGGGUCAGGGCUCAUUGCAAGAGAGGAUGUGGAGUCAUACGAGUGGUUACUUAAAAAUUUCAAAAAUGCAAUGGGCUAUAUACCAAGAUGUGUUAUUACAGAUCAAGACCCUGCAUUAAAGAUCGCUGUACCUAACAUUAUGCCUGAAACAAGGCACCGAUUCUGCAUGUGGCACAUCAUGGAAAAAGUGGGGGACAAAGCAGGGAUUGCACUAGCAAAAAACAUGGAAUUUAGGAAAGCACUGAACAACAUAGUAUGGGAUGAAACUUUAAGUGCACCAGAAUUUGAAUUGAAAUGGGCAGAGGUAAUGAAAGAGUACAACCUUGUUGAACAUCGGUGGUUCGAACAAAUGUACAAGGCACGUGAAUCCUGGAUACCAGCGUAUUUCCAAGAUAUAUUCAUGGGAGGACUCCUAAAGACAACGUCGCGUUCAGAAUCAGAGAACAGUUAUUUCGGCAAAUUCACCAAUCACUACAACAGCUUGGUAGAAUUCCUAAUGCAAUACAACCGCGCCAUAGGAGAACAGAGGCACGGACAAAAAAAAUUGAACGCGGAGGGCGAAAGUUCAUUCCCUACAACCAAAACCCCAUUGGCUGUAGAGCGCCAAGCUGCUGCAAUGUACACCAAGAACAUAUUCUACGACUUCCAGGAAGAAAUAUGGGACGGAAGCUUCAGAUGCAGAAUCACUUGCAAGACGAAUGACAAUGGAGAUCAGAAGUACAGUGUACACGCGACAGGGGAAAAAAUGUUUGAGGUAACGCACGAAGAAGCUACUCAAAAAACAGAAUGCAAUUGCAACAAAUUCAACAGGGUAGGAAUUUUAUGCAAGCAUGUAUUGGCCGUAUUCAAGAACGAAGGCGUGGAAGAAAUACCAAGUAGGUAUAUUGUAGCCCGUUGGACGAAGAAUGCAUGUGCACAGCCAAUGUACAAUGUCGUCUGGAAAGCGCCCAAUACUACGCAAGGUGGGAACGAAUUAAGAACAAUGGCCAACCAACUUUGGAACGAGUUCUACAAAUGCAUGGGUUUGGCCAAUGGAUGCCCAGACGAAAUGGAUCUAAUGUUGUCGACAAUGCAAGAGCUUAAAGAAAGGUUAAAAAGUGCAAGGCAACAUACAAAACCAAACACCACCCCACCAUCAGUGAUAGAAACAAUACUAAAUGCUAGUGCACCUGCCGAGAUCCAAAUCAAGCCACCCAGCGUUGCAAAGAACAAAGGUAGUGGGAAAAGAUUGAAGAGUAACAAAGAGAAAGCAAUCGAAAAAAGCAAAAAAAGGGUGAGGACAUGCGCUACCUGUGACCGGCCAGGCCACGACAGCAGGAAUUGCCCAGAAAGAAAAAGAGCUACCACACAAGUAGCCCACCGUAGUUAA